AUGAAUUGCUGUCUCAGAAACAAAUAUCCAAACGGAUCUUUUAGGUAAACGAAAAGACUUUUAGGGGCCGUUCACACUAAACACGCAUUGAGAUCGAUCUAAAUUAGAGCGAUAUCAAAGCGAUCCGAGGCCGGUUCUUGGGAUUUCAAAUGGAGUACCCACACUUUAACAAAAACUUGAAUAAUUUAAUUAAAUUGAUUGAAUUAAAAAUGCUAGGUUGCUAAGCAAGAACGUGGAUCGGUUGUAAAGCGUGAACCCAGGGGUAGUUUAGUUUAGAUCAAUCUCGAAUCGGUCUCAGCUCGUUUUUGGUUGUCCACACUUGGCUCGAUACAGCUCUGAAUUGAUUUCGGAUCGAUCUAAAUCGCUAGUGUGAACGUCCCCUAUAGAGUCUCGGUAGAUGUCAUUAAGUUGAUCAAAGAAGGGACGUAACUUACAUCAUAUAUUUAUAUUUUCAGUUAUAGUGCAAGUUCACAGUUUUCAGGUAUCACACACGAUGCUACAGCUUUUGUUGGCUGCGAUGCUGGCAAGGUUUGAUAGUUUGUUACUCAACCUGAGGAUUUGGUAUUACUAAUUUCCAAGUUACUUACGAUGAAUCUUAUUAAUUCUUGUCCUACAUUUAUCUUUAGUGUUGUGCAUGUUUUGGUCCCAAAGGUGGAAGAGAUCAUUAUUGCAGUAGAAAAUGUAAAGCUGUUAAUGGUGGUACCAUCGUCACUGGUGAGGUUUACGUCUGGUAUUGGAUCACAACACGCAUGCCUGAACGACUGUGGAAAAGAUGUAUGGAGUUUAAGAUUAAGACAUCGCAGGGAAAUUUGAAACGUAUUACAUUGAUAGAAAGACCGGUACUGCUCAUAAGGUAAUGUGUUGAGGAUUGGGGGGGGGGGGAGAAUUUGUAAUUUAGGCAAUAAAAUCAGACUGGAUGAAAUUUGCAUGGAGUAUUCAGAAUGAGGAAACAUUACGAAACAUAAUUUUAAUGGACUGAUUAGAGCAUGUAUGUAUUAAGAUAAAUUCUCGUUGAGACCAUGGAUUAAAAAGAAGUCAAGUGGAAAACGAGCCACAUUUCUUGUCUUUUGCGGGUAUCAUUGCAACCAGAAAUGGGACGGAUGGCUCGAAUUUUCAUAUCCGAAAGAUCGUGAUUGUCACUUUACACGUGCCAAGCAACAGGUUAUUUAGCAUCGUUGUUGAUGAUAGCUCACCAAACCUUUCCCUCAAACAUCUUCCAAUCUCUUCAAUGUAGGGCAUGCAUCAUUCAUUGCAUAAGAAACGGUAAAUUAAAUACAAAGAGAUGCAUGUGCCGAGAUGCUAGAGGUCUCUGGUACCGGGCAAUGCUUUACCCAAGAUAUCAUGAAAUUUAUGUACAAAAGAUUUUUUAAUAAAUGUGAAAUUUGUUGUUUUAUACAGGGUGCAUGUUCAGAACAGUUUCAGACAUUCUUGAAUGAAGGUGUAAGUCAAUAUAAUAUGUUAUAUAAUUCUAUCUUUCAAAAUGAUAUAUUGGAAGUGACUAUAUCUGGA